AUAUACUUUAUGGGGUCGGAAACACUUCCUUCUUCCUGUAACAUAUUUUCCGACGAAUGUAGUAUACCCCUUUACUCUACGAGUAACGGGUAUAAAAAAGAUGAUGAAAAAAGAUUAGACAAAUAGUCUUAAGAAGCAUGUGUUAAACGUACACAAGAGGAAUAAAGAAGUAGAGGAAGGACGAGAUGAUUCCACUUUGGGAGGACUCAAGCUUGACUCCAUCUUGGAGUUAUUCGAGUUUCCAAUCUAAAUUUCGCGAUCUUUAAGAGGAAGUCAUUUGAAGCCGAUUUUCACGAAAUCCUUUUCCUUACUUUUAGCUCUUAUGGUUUGGACUAGGGGACCAAGAUGGAAAUCGACUUUAACCUUUUUAUAGAGAUUACGAUAAAGAACUUUUAGAGAAUAGGGCAUACUAAUAAGUUAAGUCUAAACAAAUUUAUGAAAUUGUGACAUGAUUCCAGGGCCAUGAGGGAGAUUCGAGCUCACUCACAGCGACAGCGGAUUAGCCGGGGAACGAGGAGACCGGCGACACCCGGAAUUCCAUUGCCCCAGACAUCUACACUUCGGUCCCGCCGGCACCUGGCCAACAUGCUGAUCGCAUCGGCAGUGAUCUUCAUAGCCUGCUGGUCCCCACACGUCUUUUGCAUCUUCUACAAAAACUUCGGAGGCAAGCAACAGUGCAGCCAAAUCUCCGUUUACUUAAGCCUCCUGCUGGGCUACUUCUACUCGGCCAUCAGUCCGGUGAUCUACUGGGCUCUGAACCACAAUUCGCUUCGACAAUCUCCCUUCGCGCCCAUCAUCCGCCUGCGCUCCAUGCAAAACUUCCUGAGGUCCCGCUUCCGGACGUACACCGCGCCGCCACCUCCAUCGUCCACCAACGAGGCAGCCUUGGGUGCCUUCAACCCCAAGCUGAUCAAGCUGACUCCAAAACAGUAUAGAGCUCAGGACUCUUCGCAUUAUUUCUACUAGUGUGAUACUAAACUAAUCUUUAUAAACAUAUACCUUUAUAUACGCGCAUACAUAAUAUAUUUUUAUCUACGCCCUCCCAUUCCGUCUGGUACAAAAGCUCAAACCCAACCCAACAACGAAACUAUGGAACUAAUUGGCAUUAACUUCUGCGGUGUAUAUAAAAUACAUAUAUUCUAUAUAGAACCUAGCAGUUUUAGUUUACGCUUACACGAUGUUGGGCGCCUAAGCUAUACGAUGAAGACAGCAAAGGGGCUGUCCAUGUAUUACGUAAUCCUUUAUUGUAAAACAACAAAUUUAUAUACCUUUGCAGAGGGUAUAUUGAUUUCAGUCAG